GCCAUACGUUUCGUCAAGCGAAGGAAACUUUAACAGAUAACCCGUGCUGAGCGAGGAGGGGAGCAGAUAACACUCCGUAUGGGACCUGUCGAUCGGAAUUAAUACAACUUGAAAAUAUAAGAGUAGAAAGUAAAAAGUUUGGAUCCGCGGCGGUUUCCAGCCACUCCUCCGAUAACGGGCCAUUGAAGCUGGCGUGACAGUGAACUAUGGACUGUACUGUGGAACAUUACACAGCAGGCAUGCUGCUCAGCGGUGUAGGAGAUGCUCUGGGAUACAGGAAUCAACUGUGGGAAUACAACCAAUCUGGCCCUGCUAUCCACCAGGAACUGCAAGAGCUAGGGGGUCUGAAAAACAUAUCUGUGGAGCUUCCUGAUUGGCCAGUUAGUGAUGACACGGUGCUUCAUUUGGCAACUGCUGAGGCUCUAGCAACAGGAAAAGCAGGUGAGGAGCUACUGCAUGAGGUUGCUUUCCGAUAUGUGGAAGGAAUGAAGGACAUGGAAGGGAGGAAGCCAGGACCUUCAAGUAUUCUAGGUAUUGCACAGUUGCACCCAGGCACUGAAGGGGGUUGCAGGGUGCCAUAUAACCCAGAAGCCACAGGUUGUGGGGCAGCCAUGAGGUCCAUGUGCAUUGGUCUUAGAUAUCCUCAUCCUGAUCAGCUAUCCUCAUUGGUUGAGGUUGCUGUGGAGACUGGUAGAAUGACCCAUCCUCAUCCAACUGGUUUCCUUGGAGCUGUGGCUUCAGCCUUGUUCACCAGUUAUGCAGUCCAGCGAAGACCAAUCACAACCUGGGGUCUGGGUUUAUUGGAGGAGGCUUGUCCUGUCGCAAAAUCAUUUGUUAAGUCUGCAGGAUAUGCUGUUACAGAGACUGAGAGAGACUGGGACUACUUUACUGGAAAAUGGAAAUGGUAUUUGGAUCUAAGAGGAUUGUCUUUGGGGACUGGUCAAGUUACUUGGCCUGACAAGUAUGGGCCAGAAGAACGAGAUGAGGCCUACAAGAGCUUCAGUCUGUCAGGUUGGGCUGGUCGAAGUGGUCAUGAUGCUCCAAUGAUCGCUCUGGAUGCCCUCUUAGGGGCAGGCUUUGACUGGGAGGAACUCAUGAGUCGAGCAGGAUUUCAUGGAGGAGACAGUGACAGUACUGCAGUGAUUGCCUGUUGCUGUUGGGGUUUGCUGUAUGGAAUGGACAGAGUCCCACAGUGUAACUACAGAAACCUGGAGUACAGGGGACAACUGGAGAGUGUGGCUCAAAAGCUGUAUGUUCUUUCUCACUGCUGAAGCAAAGCUGUGAACAGAGAGAAAACGUUCACAUUGACAGGAAUUAAAUUGUUUUAGGUUAAUAAUGUCACUUGUAGGUGUUCUGCACUCAUGACACCUUAAAAGUCACACAAUCAUCAAAAAUAUUGAGGUUGAUGCAAAUUACAGUCUAUGUGAAUUCUCCUUUAAAUCUAAUGUACAUGUUACAUGUAUAUUCCUUCAUUAAAAUUAAUAAGUAAUAAAUAAAUGCAUAA